CCAUCAUGAAAGUGGUCAAAACCUAACGUAAGCUGGACAGCAGAAAAACAUGCUCCAAACAAAUUCUUUCAGGAGGCCACAUUGCAGUAAACGAUUAAAACAACUGAAGUUCAGCACCUCAAACUAACCACUUAGGAAAUUUGAGUAGUGGAUAUCAAAGAUGAACAACACUUUCAUUUUCUUCUUCUUCUAUUCCCGUAAACAACCCCUGGCAGUUUCACUCCAUCCCUCCUUGCUGAAAUUCUAAAAUUUUAUUUUGUCGGGCUCUAAAUCAGAGGGUGUCUGAGCCAUGAGCUUAUUACAUAGCGUGCUUACUUGUGUUGUGGAGGAGGGCCGGGGGUAUUAUUAUCUUCCAGCUACCCACCCUGCUAUAAAACCUAGCGGUGCGACAUCCCCAUAUUGCAGAAGUGCUGCUCUGCUCUCCUUCCCUACAGCAAAUCUGACAAGCCUGCCUUCUCCCUGUCUGCCUGCUUCUCCCUCUCUCUUUCUCUCUCACUCCACUCUGCUAUUGCGUUGCUCACCAGCCUGUUUAAGCUUGACAGAGGGACACACAUGCUCAUCUCUUCAGUCCGGAGUUCCACGGUUCCACUCCACCAGCAAUUCCUCGUCUUUGUAUUGGUGCGGGGAGCGUUGGAUAUUCCCUGGAUUUUUUUUGUGAAUGGGCAGCCGAUGUGAGUUGAUCAUGAAUGGACUGAGUGACAGGCAACUGGGGAUUCACUACUAUGAAGCGGCAAUGUGACAGGUCACCGGACACCACUGUAGACUCGGAAUAAUAAACUCAAAAGGCAAGACAGGUAGGAGUGAGAAGGAGAGGAUGGCCCACAGCGAGGAUGACCUGAUCGGGAUCCCAUUCCCCAACCACAGUAGUGAUGUCCUGUGCUGCCUCAACGAGCAGCGUCGCGCUGGUUUGCUAUGCGAUGUGGUCCUGAUUGUUCGAGACCAGGAGUACCGCACACAUCGCUCAGUUCUCGCCGCCUGUAGCCAGUACUUCAAGAAACUCUUCACUGUCGCUUCAGACAGAAGCGACCAGCACGGCGUGUAUGAGAUUGACUUUGUUGCGCCCGAAUCGUUGACGGCCAUCUUGGAGUUCGCCUACACAUCCACACUGACUGUCACAGCAUCCAAUGUGAAGGAGAUCCUGGAAGCCGCUCAGUUGCUGGAGAUCCCCUGCAUCAUCAACGUUUGCCUGGAGAUCAUGGGCGCCGGCGAGGGGACCAGAGUCGAAGAAGAGGAGGAAGACGAGGAGGAGGAGGACGUAGAUGAAGAGGACGAGGAGGACGAAAUAGACGAGGAGGAGGAGGAGACCGAGGAGUCGAGGAAGGACGAGCAGGAGGACAACGAAGAGAACGCCAACGAGAAGUUGACAAGAUCGUCGGAGAGUCAAGACCAGGUCGGUUCAGAGAGAGGAGCUGCCCCAAGUCCGCCCGGUACUUCGCGGUACCAGCAGCAGGAUAGGAAGGGACGGGACAACGAGUCUCAGUGUGAAAAAACGCAGAGGGAGCAUGAGAGCGUGGAGAGCCGAGCCCUCAAAGACUUUUCCAUUGAGUCACUGCUACAGGAAGGGCUGUACCCUAAGAUGCCGUCAGUUCUGGACAGGAGGAACAACUUCUCCCCGCUGUUCCCGGGCUUCUACCAUCCCAUGUGGGCUGCAGAGUUCCCAGGUUUCCCCCAACAAGUCCUGGACCCCAACAACAUUCCCAGCCACCACACCCCGACAUUCCGCCCCUCCUCCUAUCCUGGUCAGCUGGACAACCGACCCCUCGACCUGGCUGUGAAGAGAGAGGUCAUCAAGGAGGAGCUGAAGGAGGAAGUCCCACCCAGCAUGCUCCACGGCGAUUUCCUAAAAGACUUUGUGACCUCUGGCCUAUCGGGCAUGGGAGUCGGCAUGGGAGUGGUCGGGCCUGAGGGGUCCCACCUCCACCUGGGCCAGAUUAAAGACGAGGCAGAUAUUCGGUCCUACCUGAACUUCCUGAGUGCGUCGAGCCACUUGGGUGCGCUGUUCCCUCCCUGGCAGCUGGAGGAGGAGAGGAAAAUGAAGCCCAAGGCCUCCCAGCAGUGCCCAAUCUGCAACAAGGUGAUCCAGGGAGCGGGGAAACUACCCAGGCACAUGAGGACCCACACGGGAGAAAAGCCUUACAUGUGCACUAUCUGUGAGGUGCGCUUUACUAGGCAAGACAAACUAAAGAUCCACAUGCGGAAGCACACAGGCGAGCGGCCCUACAUCUGUCUUCACUGUAACUCCAAGUUCGUCCACAACUACGACCUUAAGAAUCACCUGCGUAUCCACACUGGGGUGAGGCCAUACCAAUGCGAGCACUGCUACAAGAGCUUCACGCGUUCCGACCACCUGCACCGCCACAUCAAGAGGCAGAGCUGCCGCGUCUCUCGCCCUCGACGAGGCCGCAAGCCGGCCGCAUGGCGCUCUGCCAACAACUUCCUGCAGGGACACCCCGGCUCAGCUGGCCGCCGCGAGGACAGCAAGCCACUGGCCGAGAGGUCGGGGGGCUGCCGGCUACUGCCUCCAUCCCAUGAUGGGGUUAAGGGUCGUGGCCUGGGCCUCGGGGGGAGAGAGAGGCUGGCCCUGGACUUGGACAGCGACAGCAGAGAGAGCAGGGAGGGUCGGGAGCCUGGGCCACGGUUAGACAGGAAGCACGUGGUAGAUGAGACGGAAAGACAGAGGGGUGUGUUCACCUUUGCCCUGGCAAGGCCUGGAGAGGAAGUCCUCACCCACCCUCCAUUUUACACUCCGACCCCUGACCCCUGGACCAUGAGACUGGAAAACCACGCCCCACCCGUCCCUGAACCGGCCAACUGACCCUUCUAACAGAUACCUAACUGACACUUCAUUUAAGUUCAUAGAACCAUACGGAGAAAGUUCUCCAGUAGAUUUUCCACCUGCUGUUUUGAGAUAAAAAGGAAACAGCUGAGAAGAGUUCAAGCAAUGGUUGUUUCCUAAAAUCCCACUCUGCAAAUAAAGAAACUGAUAACAUUUCUAUAUCAAAGCUCUUCAUAAGCUACAAACAGAUGCACCAAUAUUUGCAGACUAAUUGCAGUGGUAAUAAAUAAGUACAAACCACAGAAGAACAUUAAAACCUUGACAACAACAAAAAACUAUUUUACUUGACUUAAAAAUUUUUUUUGAUCAAUAACGUUUUUCACCCUUGUAAGGCCUUGUUCUCAGAUUUUGUCUGCACUAUUGUAAAUAUAAACAAAUGUUUCAAAGAAUUUUGCCGUACUUAUAUUGAUCAUUGCUGUAUUAUUUGUUUUUAUAAUUGAUAACCCAUCCAAAGAUAUGGAGUUUGACAUUUCAUAAACUUGAAUAAGCCUUGUGUUUCAUAAGGAUGUUCCUUAUGUUCUUUGUUUCUUCUAAAGACCAAGUUCUGUAAAUACUUUCUGAGAUUAAUAGAUUAUUGCUUUAGCUUUGUCCUGCUGGUGAUUUGAUUGCUGCAGUAAGAAAUUUAAAGGGAUUGUACCCUAUUUUCAUAUAUGUUUAUGAUCUGAUCUUUGUAUAAAUAUUGUUAUUCAGAAUUGUUUGAAUUGAAAUGAAAUGGGAAUUAUUUUCUUGCUAUUUAUGCAUAUUUAAAUGAGCCUUGGCUUUAUUUUGCAAAUAUGUUGUUUUAUAAAGACACUAAAUGUUGUACUCUGCUGGGUCUGGUUGUCUUUUUUUGUUUUGUUUUUGUCAGAUAAAAUUCUUGCUUAGAAAUAUAUGGUUUGAAUGCCAUUUUAGAGAAUAUGCAAUACGUAUAUUUGAAUUGAUAUUAAAACCACUUU